UGAUUUACGAUAUCGUUUCUUGAUACCGUCGUUUUUUGCUUCAUAAAAUAAAAUUGCUUUCUUUUUUGCUGUUCAGCAGUGCAGCUGUGUGUAAUUUCCUCCAAAUAGGAAUAUAUAUUGCAUCAUAUAAAUAAAUAAAUUUAUACAAUUGAGGUAAAUCGAAAUGGUGCUCAUUAAAGAAUACAGAAUAUGUAUGCCAAUGACUGUUGAAGAAUACCGUAUUGGCCAACUUUAUAUGAUAGCUCGGCAUAGUUUUGAACAAUCGAACAACGGUGAAGGAGUAGAAGUUGUAGCUAAUGAACAAGUGAUGAAUGAUGUGAAUGGCCAAGGCCAAUAUACUGAGAAAAGAAUUCAUCUUUCCAGCCAUUUGCCUUAUUGGCUACAAUCUUUGAUACCCAAAGUAUUUUAUGUUACUGAGAAAGCUUGGAAUUAUUAUCCUUAUACUAUAACAGGUAAGAAUGUUAUGUGUUCCUUUAUUCCAAAAUUUGAAAUAUCUAUUCAAACAAGGUAUGAAGAUAAUAAUGGAACUACUGACAAUUGUCUAGACCUUACCCCUGAAGAAAUAGAGCAGAGAGAAGUGGAUUUUCUUGAUAUUGCAUAUGAUGAAAUAAAACCACAUCACUAUAAGGAAGUUGAAGAUCCCAAAUUCUAUAAAUCUGAAAAGACAGGGCGCGGCCCCUUGGUGGAAGGAUGGAGAGACAGUCACCAACCUAUCAUGUGUUGCUAUAAAGCUGUCAAUGUCAAGUUUGAAAUAUGGGGUCUCCAGACUAAAGUAGAGGAAUAUGUUCAAGGUGCAAUUCGUGAAAUAUUACUACUUGGUCAUCGUCAAGCUUUUGCUUGGAUGGAUGACUGGUACAAUAUGACCAUUGAAGAUGUCCGAGAAUAUGAAAGAGAGAUGCAGGCAAAAACAAAUGUAAAGUUGAGAGCUACUAUUGAAAAUGUAGAGAAAGCUGAAGAGGUCAUAGCUCAUUCUUCUAAACUAAAUACUCCAAAAUCGCCUAAGAGCCCAGCAACUACCCCAUCAUCGGAAGGAAGGUCAUGGUUCUUUUGGUCUUAA